AUGCGUUGCCGAUCGCGUCGACCGUCUAUGUCAAGCUUCUUUGCUCAGCUUUCUCAAAUUGAGACAUCUCCCUCGCACAACAAUCCACAUGCUACGCCAACACCUGUCGAUAUGGCUGCUGCUGAGCGCCAUCUCCAAGAGCAGCUUAGUCAUUUCCUCCUAAUAGCCUCAUCGGACCAACAUGUAUCCUUUUUGCACAGUCUUAUCUCCUCCUUACAACACGAUAUUGACCAACCUCCAACAACCGUGCCAGGAGUAUCGCAGGAGUAUCUGGAUCAGUUAGAAAGGGUCUCGCGUAGAAAUUUAAAGAAAGGAGAUGAAUGCAAAAUCUGUGGCGAAGAAUUCUUAGAAGAUGAGUUCUGUCUGGUGGUACAAUUACCUUGUCAUCCAAAGCAUCGCUUUGAUCUUGACUGUGUAGGUCCUUGGUUGAGGUUACAAGGAACCUGUCCUGUAGAUCGGAAAGACUUGAUUGGAGAGAGGAAACAUAGGAUUAUUGAAUUGACAAAAGUUGUACCUGAAGAGGAGGAAUAUGAUGAUAUGUUUGCUUGA